AUGGCAGGACUCACGAGACGUGCACCCCGGCUACUGAAGAGCAUCAAUGGGAAGCCGUAUGCGCGCGAUGAGGAUCACGAGGAGCCGUUGCCGAAGAGGAGAGCGAUUGAGAGUAGAUCGCCAGAAAAGGAAGAAGACAUACACGCCGAACCCAUAUCGUCCGACGAAGAACUCCCAAAACCUCCGCCGCCGAAAGAAUUGAAACCCAUACUUGCGCCGAAAGCCAAAGCCAAGGAGGAUACAGAGCUGGAGAGACCACCAAAGAGGCCUGCCAAGAAGGGCGUAAUAAGGGCGCCAGCGAGAGGAGCAUAUCAUACUGGGCAGGCGCAUAAGAAGGACGAGAAUAAGGAGAAUGCUUCCAUUUUCUCCGCUGGGUCAGCUGGAGAUGGUCCGAUUCGGUGGGGAAUGGAACAUGUGUCGCAGAAGAACAGCAAUAACAGGAAGGGGUACGGGUCAAAACCGAAGAAUAUACACGCACCACCUCCGAGAAAGUUCGGAAAGCCAGCGCCGAAGAUUGCUGCGCCAACAAGACCGUCGCAGGAAAAGGGCAUAUUUCCCGAUUCAGACGAUGAUGAUAAUAUCUCAAUGUUGGGUGAGGAGAUGAACGAAGAAGAGAUGGACGAACUUGGGAAAGAAGCGGGCAUAUGGGAGCCUGUAGAAGACCCAGAACUACUUCCGGUUCCAUCUAAGAAGAAGCGCACAAGAGCCGGGGCUAGCAAAUCCGCGUCUAUAUUUUCAAAUGACGAUGAGAUGGAAGAUAAGGAGAAACAAGCCGGGUUCUUUACUCAACUCAACACCUGGAAGACCAACCUAGAACCUGAGUCCUCACAGCCAGAUUCCAGCGCACCCCAAGGGAACCUAGAAGAAGUGCAUAAUUACAUAGACCGACUCCCCCAAAUAGAAGAAGGAUCACAAUGCAACCUGUGUAGCCAAGCAGUCGAACAAGAAGACUACUGGGACUUCUGGAAAGGCAAAGAGAAGACGGUAAAAAACAAAUCCGCAUUCUGCCAUGCCCACAAGAAGAAGUCAGCACAAGAAGAAUACACUCAACAGGGCUAUCCAGACAUUGACUGGAAAGCGCUUCCUCGACGAAUACGCCGCCACAAAGUAAUCCUAACCAAGCUCCUCGGAAAAGAUAGUUCCAGCAUACACCGCGACCGCUACGAACCCCUCGCCCUAACCGGCAAAGCCGCUGCCGUUCCCUCUCGGCGAACAGACCUCCCGCAAUCCGCCCAAGACACGCUCGACUCUUUCGCUCUCGACGAGCGCGCCGCAUACCCGGGUUACUACGGCCCCCACGGCCGCCGCGUCAUCACCGAGCACGUAAUGGAAACGCUGAAAUCAGAGCUGAAGAGGUCCAAAGACCGCGUUGUCCAGGCUUCCGGUAUCGCGGCGUUUGUACAGGCUGUUAUGGUGCCGGAAGUGGCGAUACUGCUGAUUAUGGAGGACUGCAAGGUGGAUGAGCAUAUGGCAGAGGGCAUUAGGGAAAAGACGUAUGAUAUGGGGUUGUUGUUGAAUGAGGAGAUUGAAGAUGAGAUAGAGAGGGCGGAGGAAGAUAGUGAGGAGGAGAAUGAGUAUCAGGUUGCUCUAUGUCGUCCGUUCCUCGAUUAA